UUCACAGUGAAAUUCAGUGACUUUUUACAAUGCCGUACUCUAUAGUUCAUUUUGUUGAAACUGACGAGGUAGAAAUUAUCCCAAUCAAUUGGCUGUCAGCAAGUAAAAAUAAAUGUUGGUGGCCGCCGUACAAAUCUUCAGAACGCCAAUCGAAGGCCGUCAUGAAUGGGGACACGCCAAAUCAGCAAGUUUGGUUAUCGUUUGACGUAAAAGUUUUAGGCGGAGGCAAAAUAUUUGGUUCUUAUAAUCAAGCAAAAAAUAAUGUUGGAAAAGCAUUGGAAGAAACUGAUUCGGAAUUUGAGAGCGACUUGGAAGUAACUGGUCGAGGGCAACGACACAAGAAAACUGUUCAUCUACCACCGCCCGGCGACUCCGAUAGUGAAGAAGAACCGCCCAAAAUGAAGCAAAAUCGUUCUAUUCCCACGAAGACAAUACCGCCACCACCACAAUAUUUUAGUUUAGUGGGAGAGGGCUUGCAAUCAGAAAAGGAAGACGGCCACGAAUCAAGUUUACCAGGACCGAGUGACCCCCCAUCGCCAACUAAUUCACAGCAAUACCAAGGCACACUCUCUAGCGAGCAAGUUUUAUCUAGCUCUCACGAAUUGGAAAGCCGUUCGAUUCCUCAGGCAGAGGACAUUGAUACAACUUUCGGCAGAGAUAAUGGCACGUCACCAAACGCAGGAAAUUUAGAAUUCCAAAAGUGGAUGGUACGUCAAAUGAAUGUGAUGAAAGCCCAACUGCGACAACUACAGGAAAGCGUAGACGUUUUAGUGAGCAAUUACAAUUGGGGGACCAAGACGGGUGGUCGAAACGAAAAGUUUCCAGUGGGUUUAUUACCAGUGGAUGAUGAGUCUGACUUGAAGAAACUCGAGGAUUUCGCCAAGGCAUCAAGAAUCACAUUGAAUACAGAACUGCAGAAAGGCAUACGUGCGACCAAGGAUGUAAAGAUUGCUACACAGCGGAUACUAGCCAAGUUGCUGACAGAUAAGUAUGCAUCGUCAUACAACUGGAUUGGUUCAAGAGGACCGAAGUCACCUUUUUCAAAAUCAUGGAUGAAGCACAUUAUAUAUGAGGCAAUUCAAGGACUGGAAAACUUGGGCAACGCUGACGACGACGAGAUUUGGGAAGCAAUUAAAAAUUGGCUCAAAAAUUCCAACAAGCGUAUUGAAUCGGAUAGGAAAAAGUUGGAGAAGUCCAAUGCAGCUCUUCCAUUAAGAAAUACUGGACCAGAAUCAGACAAUUGAUUUUUUUCACAAUUUUUUAUUGUUAUUUGGAUUUAAACCUUUAUGUAAUGUUAAUGGUCAGUAAUAAAUCAUAAUUCCCGCAUCUAAUUUGCAAAUAAAUCUCGUGUUCUGAACGUAUAAUUUCA